CGUUUCAUAUUUAUAUAGACUUUUUUUUUCCGAGAAAUGGUUUAAAACUUGGUUAGUUGUGAAUCUGGGUAUGCAUGGUUGUUAUUACGGGUCAAGGUACAGCUAUCCAAGUUGUUUUGGUUAGCUUGGCAUACUAGCAGCGUUAAUAACACUCUGAGAGAAAGUUUCUGCAAGCUGGUUUAUGAAUUCGAGCACAAACUGACGGAGGUUGAUGUUGUUCUGAGGCAUCGAUGAAUCGGACAAAUUAAAGCUUUUACAAGACUUUAUUUGGACAUAUACCAGCAGUUUCAACACAAGUAUGCGCAGUGGAAUAAACUAGUAGACCCAUGGCAAAGUGGUUGAAAGAUUACUUGAAUUUUGGCAGCAGGAAAGGUCCUCCCCAGCCGCCAAAGCCCGAUUACACAGAGAGCGAGAUACUUCGUGCGUACCGUGCCCAGAAGGAGCUGGACUUUGAAGACCCGUACGAACCCUCGACCCGAGCAAAUAAUGGCUCGGGGACCUCUGACCCAUUUCCUGCGUUUGGAACGGUUCUGCCCAAUGGCAUGGAGGUCAAGAUCGUCUCUCCUAAGCACAGACUGAUCAAAGUGGAAUCUCAGGAAUUCAACCGUUGCAAGGUCCCACUGGGCAUCAUCUCAUUCGAGGAGCCUCAUGUCCCUGUUGUUCCUUCCGCUCCAGCAGUGGGGGACACGGAUUACUCAGACCCAUUUGAUGCUCGUCCAGACCCACGAGCCCAUCUCGGCUGGGAGUCCGGUUCCGUAGAAAACAGCAGCAGCUACAUGGAACCGUUCGAGGCCCAGAGAGUCAUGACAGAGCUGCAGCACGGCUUGGAGCACGGCCGUACUGUCUCUCGGGGAAGCCCGCAGCUCUACGACAGUCCAUAUGAAGAGCGUGGACACUACAGGACCGGUUUCCCAGACGAUGAGAGGGAGAGCCGAUUGCCCCAGGACGACGAGAGGCCUGCAGAUGAGUAUGACCAGCCCUGGGAAUGGAAGAAGGAAAACAUCUCCAAGGCGUUAGCUGUGCAGUUUGAUGGUGGCAAUUGGGAGCGCUCCACUCUGCCCCACACGGACCAGCACAGAAGAACUGGAGUGUCCAGAACCAGUCCUCCAUCCAGCAAGGCCACCAGUUUACACAAACCCAGUGACCACCACACCAUGCUGGGGGAGAGAGUGGACCCUGCAUUACCUCUGGAACAACAGGUGUGGUACCACGGCGCAUUGACACGCUCUGAAGCUGAGAGUCUGCUGACACUGUGUAAAGAGUGCAGUUACCUGGUGAGGAACAGCCAGACGAGCAGAAACGACUACUCACUCUCCCUCAGGAGCUGUCAUGGCUUCAUGCAUAUGAAGUUCUCUCAGUCGCGUGAUGGGAAGUACAUCCUCGGUGAAAACAGUCCCCCUUUCGACACGAUUCCAGAGGUCAUCCACUACUACACCACCCACAAACUACCCAUCCGGGGUGCAGAACACCUCUCUCUGCUCUUCCCUGUGGUGGUCCAGACACUCUGAGAACAUGCACAGCUACACACUGGCCCACACACACUCACAUACAUAUAUAAUAUAUACACACACUCAGGGUCUAAUCUCGGUCAGCUUGCAGUCACGCUUUGUAUUUGAUGAAAUGUGUGGAUUUUAAUAAUGGCUACCAGUCACAAUUUGGAGUGUCGCUGAUCUGCAGGCAGGAUUUUAAAUGACUAUUAAUGUGAGGGCUGAAACGAUGCCAUAGGUUAUGUGAAUAUGUUUGACACUACACCCUUCCCCAUCCUUCUCCUUCUAAUACCCUUUACGCUAUGUGACUUGUACAAAACCGUGUGCUAGAAAGAUUUCCAUACAUGUCAACCUAUACGGAAUGUCCGUAUUUUAUACGGAUUUGAUUCAAUAAACGUAGUAUACGGGCGUAUAAAUAAAGUUAUACGGAUUCUUUAAAAAAAAAACUUCAAUAUUUAUUUAGAGCUAUAAUCAAUUCCCACGGUGAUAAAAGAACGCAUAACAUUUACAAACGUCCUGUACACCACAGCCAGCCAGUAAAGAGUCUUAUGAAAUCGCGCGUUAUCUUGUGGUAGCGAGACUUCGUUCCACUUCUGAUCAUGCGCACACCGCACUGCGAGAAUCCCGCCAACCGUGAAGUCAUAGACGCCGGCUUCUGCGUAGAAUCAUACGUCAUCCUCGCCCGAGAAUAAAGAUGCCUCAUUCAUGUGCUGCGUUUAACUGUACCAACAGGUUUACCGUCCAAACGAGAUCACAUGGGAUUACCUUUCACAGGUGAGACUGGAAAAACACUUUUCAUUGUAUUUGGUCAUUAUAACGUAAUUUUACGAACAGAUUUUCCUGACUUUGUGGCCAAUAUGAAGUCUCGCGCAUAAUAGCCGCUCAGUGAAACCUGUCUCCAAACAACGAAGUAUUUCCUUCGUAACUACGCUGAUAACACUUUGUGUUUUUGUCAAACAUUGGAGCUUUGUAUUCAUUCUGAAGGUUUAUUGUUAUUAAUAUUGAAUAAAACGUAGCUGGGACAUAUAUCAUUGUUAAUUAUCAUUCAAAUUUUAGGUAAAUUAUUUUAAUUUGCAUCUUAUACGGAUUUUAUAAGGGAAAUACGGAUUUUGGAGGCUGGUUAUACAGGUUUGAUUGACCAAAGGUUGACAUGUAUGCAGUGCAUUGCUUGCUUUUUGCAACCACUACUCUCUUAGGCUGUCUUCGGAAGGGCCUCAACACUCUUAACAGCGUUUCCAUAAAUGACCGAAGUAUUCUGCUGUGUUUAAGAAAUGCCACUCUGACGUGAGCAUUUCCCACCCACCAUCGAGCUGUACAUCAUCGUACUGUACCUUCCAUAUCUCUGCUGAAGACAAAAACAGGACCUGAUAGAUGUAUAUUAAGAUCUCAGUACUUAAAUUAUUCCAUGAGCUGAUGCGCGCCUCAUCGGCUAUACUCCACGGAUGACGAGCUUGAGUGGAAUAAUUCUUUUAUUCUAUCCACAUUCACUGGAUUUUGAGAAACGGAGCUUUAUUUCUUGCAAAUUCGAUAAAUAAAAUCAUUUCCGCUGGCAGCACGGUGGUGUAGUGGUUAGCGCUGUCGCCUCACAGCAAGAAGGUCCUGGGUUCGAGCCCCGUGGCCGGUGAGGGCCUUUCUGUGUGGAGUUUGCAUGUUCUCCCCGUGUCCGCGUGGGUUUCCUCCGGGUGCUCCGGUUUCCCCCACAGUCCAAAGACAUGCAGGUUAGGUUAACUGGUGGCUCUAAAUUGAGCGUAGGUGUGAAUGUGAGUGUGAAUGGUUGUCUGUGUCUAUGUGUCAGCCCUGUGAUGACCUGGCGACUUGUCCAGGGUGUACCCCGCCUUUCGCCCGUAGUCAGCUGGGAUAGGCUCCAGCUCGCCCGCGACCCUGUAGAACAGGAUAAAGCGGCUAGAGAUGAUAUGAUAAAAUAAUUUCCGCUUAACCCCUUCAAUGCCCUUGGACGAGUCACGUACGCCAUGAAAUCUUUUACCGCUGUGCCUUAUGACGGAAGAAUGUUUUACGCAUUGACUAAUUCAUAUGUGCCACUGUGAAGUAAAAGUAAUGUGCCAUGUAAGGUACGUAAAAGGCGGUGUUCACGACGAGCAGCGUACGUCAUAAGGCACAGCGGUAAAAGAUUUCAUGACGUAUGCGACUCGUCCAGAAUGACUAACAAUUUGUGAAAAAUGCUGUAAUAAUUAUUGAAAAAAAAAAGAUAGGUUCUUACCAUCAUACUUUCAUUCCAUAUUUUGUUGCCUUUUUUUUAAAUUUCGUCCUCUGUUGGUUCAGCAACACGCUCCACCAUUAUUUUGUUGUUUAGGGUUUCUACUCACGGUAUAUGAGCUCUAUCCUAGUAGUAGAGUAGCCAGUCAGAGCGUGCGAUUGCUGAUAUCCUGUGACUGUGGAUAGAAUAAUCUUUCUUAGUGCUCUGAUACCACGUGAUGCGAUGUAACGUAAGCUUAGUGUACAAAAUGUCAGCAGUUUGGAGGAAUUUCACAAACAACUCUCAAAGCAAAAUGGUGUUCUGUGAAAAUAUCAAGAAGUUACUACAGCAUCGUCCUGCAAUAUAUUUGUAACCUGAUGAUGCAUCUUUUUUUUUUUUUUUAAAUAGUGUGUGAUGAUGGCUGAGUAAGGGGUCAUCCAUAAUUUUCAUCAUUAUCACGAGCGUACAAACCGUACGCGGGGGGGAGGGGGUUAAUGACCAGGCGUACACUUUUUAAAAAUGAAAAAAUGAUGAUCCGUCAAUGUGCGAAUCGGCGGCCGCCAUGUUAAAAAUUUCGCGCCACAUCGGUGUUGCCAGCUAGCUCUACACGCUUUCUUUCUUCAAUACAACAAUGGCUGACCCAGAUUUUGACCGCAUUUACAAAUUUGUGAAUAGCAGAAAUACCGCUAUUCACAAGACUCCUUCAAACGAGUACGAGCAGUUUUUAAACGUUUGUUUCCUACGUUCAUCUGGGAAGCGGCAGGAGGCAGUUAUGGCAGGACAGGCUGCUUGGAAAGAAUCAAAAACAAACGUUUCAAAGCAAGCUGAGCUGUGCCGGCACAAGCGAUCGUCCGGAUGGAAAAAGUCAAGUCGACUUUUACAAUUCGGGAUUAUUUCUCACGUAAAACGGUACGUAGGAUAUCCUCUGGGUAUUUUGUACUUGCGUCAGCAGUCAGUUGAAUUUUAUACAGUCGGUCGUCUUUUCUUCCAUUUCAGAAUGAAAGUCCUGCACGACCAGACCCAGCUCCAAAACUGGAUUUCCUAUUGUUCAUGAGGAGCCAAAAGGCAACAGCUCCCCUUAAAAAGACAGUCGCUAAUUUUCAAAAAUGAAUCGCCUGCUUUCUAUUAGGGUGUUCACACGGCACAUAUUUGCAUCGAUGCUGCACCGAUGUAUUUUGUUGCGAUAUAUCUUACACCGGUGUAAAUUUUGCGCAGCGUUCACACGUCACAAACCUGCUUACUAGAGAGAAGCGUGUUAGCACCGGUGCAGCCCCACUUGCGUUCACACAGCAGUUUCUGCGACCGUGCAAUAGUAGCAAAAACUUUAUUACUAUCAUUUCCUUUGAUAGUAAUAAAGUAUUGAUAUCAUUUCCUUUUAUUACUAUCAUUUCCUGUCAUUACUAUAAUUUGCGAUAGUAAUAAUGCGGAAAUUAAAUAUGCGCAUGCGUGAAAUUGUACUUCCUUUUCCCGGUUGUCAUGGCAUCACCAAGCACUGGGAAAACAACAUGGAUGAAGACACCAGUGUUGCCAGAUACUGCUGACGUUUUCCAGCCCAAAAUAUGUUCAAAUCCGCCAAAAUGCACUUAAAACCGCCCAAUCUGGCAACAUUGGAAGACACGCAGUUCUGUUGUUGAUAUUCGCCAUUUUGGAAGCGCAAAAUACCAGGAUACAAAUUAUGCAAUGCCCGUAUGUAAUCAACUCUCCUCAAGCGUAGCGAGUCUACCCCUGUAGCGUUCAGACGUCCCAUUUUAUAUCGGUGCUGCCCCGCAAACUAGCAUUUACUCCGGAGUAAAUUUCUUAAACCACCUCCUGAGCAGGGUUAGAUUUGCACCGGUUUAAGCAGCUUUCAGGGGCUACACCGCUAUAACUUUGUACCGUGUGAACGCUCUACUGGGGCAGCCCCGGUGCUACACCGGAGUAAAAGUUGCCGUGUGAACACCCCUUAUGAAAACUUCUGGACCCGUCUCUUCUUUUCUUCUCUUGUGAAUCUUUGUAUUGUCCUGCCAUCCGAUUUUAAUAAAAAGUAAUACAAGACAUGGUUUUAUUUUGAAUUCCUAUUCCACGUAGAUCCAUCAUUUUUUUUGUCCGCUAAUGUACACUAUUUUUUUGGGGGGGGGGUUGCUCAAAAGUCUACUCUUUGUAGACUGAUGAAAAUUAUGGAUGACCCCUAAGAUCAGUGAGCAUUGAGCUCAAAGUACUGAAAGUUGCAUGCAUGGGCAAUUGCGGAGAAAUUUUCAGCCCUUCAUUUCGGCGAGUGCUGAGACACCCAGGCUUAAAGGAACAGUCCACCGUAU